CUUACCCAGCACCAUCAUCCGCUCAAGUUCAAUCGUACAUUCACCUCACAAGUGGUAUUCUCACUCAUAUUCUUAUAUAACCAAACAUGCCAAAGACCUGCGCUUGCCCUAUCUGCAACCAAAAUUUUCCCGGCUUCGACGACUGCAAGGUAUACGAGGCCAUGCAUUCACCAAAAAAUGUGUACUUCUGCCCCUGGGAGGGGUGUAUAUUUGCGACACCGCAUGAAGCAAGCUUCCAUUAUCAUGUUGAUCGGUAUAUGGGCGAGCGAUCCUUCAUUUGUCCUCGCGAGUUCUGUAACUACAGAACUCACACCUCUUCCAACCUCACACAGCAUCGCAAGAAAAAACAUGGGUAUGUUCCUCGGCCGUGCAAUCGUUGUGGUCCUUCUGCAACAAAUUCAUCCGGGGCCCAGGCGUCGUCCCAGCCUCCGCCGCCGGCAGAGCCCCUUCCCCUUGGUGCAUUCCACCAAUACCAACUCCAACCCAUCCAACCGCAAGCCAUGCAAUCCUAUCUCACCCAAUACCAACCCCAAUCCACUCAAUACCAGGCUCCCCUACACCAGUCGUUGGAAGUCUUUCACGGCCCAGCAGGUACCGCAGACUACUACACCACGUACACCAGAGUCGCGAGGGCCCCCGAUAGGUGGACUGAGGUAUGCAUAUGUCCUGGGGUGCUGGAGAGUUCUUUGAAGAAGCCACGGGAUCAGUGUAGGCGUUAUUAGUUUUGCGACAUCUCAAGAAUCGAACGUCACUUUCUGUGACUUUUUUUCGUUCUUGCUUUCUUGGUGAUAGUCGUUUUUUGUUUAUUUGUGUACCAUGAGGAACUCUGGGCACCCUUCCACUCGUUUAUAUAUUUCAUUUAUCACUUUGCGAUGUUUUCCCUGGAGGAUAAUACAUUCUUUUAUAUGUAA